AUGAUAUCACCUGGUGUACACACUCUUUGGCUUAUCUUGAUCCUCCUUUUAAUCAACGCUAGAGCAAGUGAACCGGUUCAAUUAAAGCGCGGGAGGCCUAAAGGAUCAAAGGAUAAAUAUCCCCGAAAAAAAAAGAAUUGUGGAGUAAAGGUUCCUGAUGAACCGAAAUGUCUUCAAGACAUUUCCGAACAGGUUCUUGUAGAACCUGAUAAAGAGGUUCGUCAAGAUGACGAACCUGAGGGAUUUAAGAUCCCGAAAGGAUCAAAGAUGCUUGAAGCAUCUAAAGGGCUUUGUUCGGUCAAACUCCAGCGAUCACUUUACGGAUUAAAACAAUCCGGCCGCAUGUGGUACAAUCGCUUAAGUGAAUACUUGUUGAGUAAAGGUUACGUCAACAAUGCGAUAUGUCCAUGUGUGUUCAUAAAGAAAUUCUCAACGGGUUUUGUGAUCAUUGCUGUGUAUGUUGAUGACCUGAACAUGAUUGGAACUCAAAAGGAAAUUGAUGAUGCAAGAACUCAUAUGAAAGAUGAGUUCGAAAUGAAAGAUCUUGGAAAGACAAAGUUUUGUCUUGGGCUCCAGAUAAAGUAUUUCCAAGAUGGAAUAUUUUUGCAUCAAUCAAAUUACACCAAAAGGGUGUUAAAGCGCUUUUAUAUGGAUAAAGCGACUCCUUUGAGUUGUCCAAUGGUCAAUAGAUCGCUUGAUGUUAACAAGGAUCCAUUUCGACCUCAAGAAGAUUCUGAAGAAAUGUUAGGUCCUGAAGUACCUUACAUGAGCGCCAUCGGGGCACUUAUGGAUCUUGCAAAUUGCACAAGACCAUAUAUAGCUUUUGCUACUAAUCUGCUUGCAAGAUACAGCUCAUCGCCUACCAGAAGACAUUGGAACGAAAUAAAACAUAUAUUCCAUUAUCUUCAAGGUACGAUUGAGUUUGGAUUAUAUUAUUCAAGAAACCCCGAGGUUGGUUUAGUUGGUUUUGCAGAUGCUGGCUACUUGUCUGAUCCGCAUAAGGCUCGAUCGCAAACCGGUUAUGUUUUUACAUAUGGUGGAACUGCGAUCUCCUGGCGUUCCCAAAAACAAACUUUGGUUGCAACGUCUUCAAAUUAUGCAGAAAUCAUUGCUCUCCAUGAAGCAUGUAGAGAGAGUGUAUGGUUGAGAUCUUUGAUCCAACAUAUACAAGAAGCCAGUGGAGUAUCUACAAAGAAAGAGCCAACGACUAUCUAUGAAGUCAAUUCUGCAUGUGUCACUCAGCUCAAAGAAGGUUAUAUCAAUAGCGACAUGACGAAACACAUUCCUCCAAGAUAUUUCUCUUACACUCAAGAAUCCGAAAAGAAUCAAGAAGUGGAUAUUCAGUAUGCUCGCUCAAGUGACAAUGCCGCUGAUCUCUUCACAAAGGCGCUUCCCACUACAGUGUUCAAGAAGCAUGUUCAAAGUAUUGGAAUACGCCGUCUGCAAGAUUUGUGA